CUUUCUCUCUCUUAUUCAACUCUCUCUCUCUCUCUCUCUCUCUCUCUCUCUCUCUCUCUUGUUUCCUUUCACACUGGACGAACAAUCUUCCUCCGAUUAAACUAUUCCGCUUUACCCAUUCAAUAUAUACAUACAUAUAUAGAUACACACACACAACCCCCUUUUGGACUCAUCUCAAUAUUCUACAUUUCCUCAACAAAGUGUAAUCAGAGAAAUCAUCGAAAAGUUUAUCUGGGUUUUCACCCAAUCACAGAAUCAUGAGAAGAUUUCAGUCUACAUUUACCCUAAACUGAAAGAAAAAAAAAAAAACCAAGCCAUGAGGAGAAAUUCGGGCUCGUCUUUUCGAAACUCCGGCGCCUACACGAGCCCCGGCACGCCGGAAUACGGUGACAUCAGCACCGGAGAAAUACCGAAGACUUGGAGCUCGGAGCGGGUGCCACUCCCUUCCAAUAGUAGUAGUAGUAGCAGCAGACGGCAUGUUAGUGCUGCUGCUUUAAUGCCCUUCAAUAGUGGAAGGGCAUUACCGUCAAAAUGGGAUGAUGCGGAGAGAUGGAUUACCAGCCCUAUUUCUGGCUAUGGUGCUUUCAAGAACUCGAUUGUUCAGCCUCAGAGACGGCCCAAAUCCAAGAGCGGGCCGUUAGGGCCCGCUGGACUGGGUUAUUUGCCUAAUUAUUCGCCUAAUGUGAUUGGUCACGAAGGUGGGAAUAUGAGGAAUUUCAUGGCGAAUUCGCCUCUUACUACCGGAGUUUUUGUACCGGAUGGUUUGUUGUCUGUUCAUUACGAGGCUGCAAAGUUGUCGGAUUCUUCCUACGUUGAAAAUAAUAUCACGAGGAGUACUAGUGUGCCUGGCUUGUCGGAUUUGCUCAGUGAAACUUCUGCCCUUAGUUCUCGAGACGAAAAACGAGAUGUGGAAAAGGAGGAGGAAGAAGCACAUGUAUCAAGAAGAGAUAUGGCGACUCAAAUGAGCCCCGAAGAAGGGAGCACUAACUCAUCUACUAGAGCAAGAUUGUCGUUUUCCGUUAUACCUUCUUCUUCUGCGCGCCUCAGUCGGAAUCAUGUGACGAGAGAUGAUGUCAGAGAUGUCCAGGUGGACAAAGGCACCACCACCACCACUUCUUCCAAGAAAAACGGACCCAAAAAGAUGGAUGUCAAAGAUUCAUCUUCUUGGAAUGUUUCCGAGGCAUCGAAAAACAUAUCAAAGUUGCAAAGAGAGGAAGCAAAGAUCACUGCUUGGGAGAAUUUGCAGAAGGCGAAAGCCGAGGCAGCUAUUCGGAAACUUGAGAUGAAACUAGAAAAGAAGAGAUCUUCAUCAAUGGACAAAAUUACGAACAAGCUUAGAGCUGCUGAGAUGAAAGCACAAGCGAUGAGAAACUCGGUUUCGGAGAAUCGAGCACCAAGAAGUUCUCGAAGAAGGAUUUCGAUUUCCUGUUGUAUAUAUUUCAAGAUUCCUUCUGUCUGCAGCUGCUUUGUCUGCAAAAAGAAGUAAUUUUUAAAACAAAAUUAAUUAAUUAAUCACCGAAAAACUAUAUCCGUCUUGGAUUUAGUUGGCGAUAUCGUACACAUGUCGGCCUUUUUCGUCUCUGUUACUUGGCGGAUUGCAGAGAAAACGGAGGAAAAAUGUCCAGUUAUGUUGAUUUUUGAUCUGUCUUAUGAAACAUCGUACACCUGA